AUGGCCGGCGAAUCAAGAAAGAGAAAGGUUGGUCUUUUAUACGACGAGAGGAUGUGCAAACACGACACACCUGACGGUGAUGACCAUCCCGAGUGUCCUAAUCGCAUCAAAGCUAUCUGGGAGAUGCUUCAGCGCACUGGUCUCGCUCAAAGGUUCCUACUUUUCUCUUUCCUUCUCGGCUGCUUUGCUUGUGUGGUUCUUGGUGGUAGCAAAGCGGAAGAUAAGCAUCUUCAACUGGUUCACACAAAGGAACAUGUUAAUUUAGUUAAGAGUUUAAGCACAAAGAAGAAAGAUUCUCGGAGAAACAAGAUUGCUUCGAAGUUGGAUUCAAUAUAUCUUAAUGGAGGCUCAUCAGAAGCGGCGUAUCUUGCAGCUGGAUCUGUUGUGGAGGUGGCAGAGAAAGUUGCAGAAGGAGAAUUAGAUUGUGGCUUUGCUAUUGUUAGACCACCAGGGCACCAUGCUGAGGCAGAUGAAGCCAUGGGGUUCUGUCUAUUCAACAAUGUUGCAGUUGCGGCUAGUUAUUUACUAAACCAAAGACCAGAUCUAGGUGUCAAGAAAAUUCUGAUUGUUGAUUGGGAUGUUCAUCACGGAAACGGUACACAGAAGAUGUUCUGGAAAGAUCCUCGUGUACUAGUGUUCUCUGUUCAUAGGCAUGAUGGUGGAAGCUUCUAUCCAACGGGAGAUGAUGGAGAUUAUGACAAGGUUGGGGAAGGAGCAGGGGAAGGUUUUAACAUAAACGUUCCAUGGGAGCAAGGAAGAAGAUGUGGAGAAAGAUUAUAUUGCUGUAUGGGACCAUAUCUUGAUUCCUGUGACCAAAGAGUUUAA